AUUCACCUCCUACUCCUUUCCCUCCACUUCUCUUUACUUUCAUUCCAUCUGUACAAAUAGCAAAAUGCCACAUUUCCACUCACUAUCCAUGAAAGCUGUCAAUGAUAAAUUUAGGUAGCACUGAGUAUAACAAUGAGUGUAGGCCUAAUAUUCUUAUUUUUAAACUGUAGGUGUUUGAUCCUUUUUCCAAAUAAUUAAAAAUGUAUUGGAAAUUGGUUCGUUUAUUUCUGAACAUUGUUUGAAAAUGUCUUUGUUUUAAUUUCAGUAUAUUUGGAACUAUACUGGGCCAGGAUUGGCAAAGGGCCCUACUGGCCAUGCCAGAUAGUUAGGGACGAAGAUGGGAGAUUUUACAAGAGAAAAAUUUGCUCCAACAAUGUCAUGAGGGUACAACUCUAUGUGCGGUGGUUGGGGGACGGGAGGCACUCGUGGGUGGGCCUCUCUUAUUUGGUGCCCUUUGAGAGGGCACCAACCCCCCAACAGACACCCUACACUAUGCUUAAGAAUUAUGUCAUGACUCACCUCAAAACGAAAGACAACUUGAAGGCCUGUAAGGUGCCAAGGAGGCUGGUGGCCAAAGUGGACGCAGCAGUGGAGUUGGCUAUGGAGAUGCAGGAUGUUUUUAUAUGAGUAGAAGAAAGAAAGAAAUAAUUGUGAGGAGUACUCUGGAGAGAAGGGUACAGUGUCUGAUGGGUGAUGGUGAUUGGUUCCGUGGUGUUGAACCAGAUAGUGGUGGGACUUGCGGUGUCCUACCUGAGCGUCCUGAUGUGUGGCAUCGGUGUCCUGAUGGCGUGGCGUGGCUUCUCUCCCCUCCGCCAACUGCCCACCUUCCACUGGGUGUGCGCCGAGUUGGCGCUCCACAUAACUCUCACAGCACAUUCACAAGCAGCACCACGAGUGGACGGCUCCAAUCUCAGUUACCGCCAUCUACUGUCAUCCCAUCGAGCACACAUUCAGCAAUCUGUUGCCGCCCUUCCUCGGGGUAAGCUCCAGCAUAGAUACACAACAUAUCCCAUGGUGUUGUGUAUCA